GAUUGAUCGGCUUUUCGUUAGGGUUUUAGCUCUCAAAAGUUAAAACCUUUGUUUCUCGAAGAUACAAUACGCCGAUCUUUCAAUUAAAUCAAUGGCGAUGGCUAUGAGACUCCCGGCGAUAGCGAGAGCAGCGACGGAAAUGGCCUCUGCUCCCGUUGGAUUGAGACGUCUCUUCUGCUCAAACGCUACAAACUUUUCAUUCCUUUCCCCACCGGCUAAUUCCGAAACUCCGGCUCGUCCUCAGGCGGAUCCAAGCACCAAUCUCUUCGUCUCAGGGCUUAGUAAGCGUACCACUUCUGAAGGUCUUAGGACAGCUUUUGCUCAGUUUGGAGAAGUUGCUGAUGCCAAGGUUGUGACAGACAGAGUCUCAGGAUAUUCAAAAGGGUUUGGAUUUGUUCGUUAUGCCACCUUAGAAGAUUCUGCUAAAGGCAUUGCUGGAAUGGAUGGCAAGUUUCUUGACGGGUGGGUCAUAUUCGCAGAGUAUGCAAGACCAAGAGAGCCAUAUCGACCUCAGAACAACAUGCCUCCUCCUCCGUAUGGUAACCGUUAUUGAAACAAGACUCUUGCUUCAAUCUUUGGGGACGGAUCUUUGUAUCAGUGUUAUGAUUCAUUCUGUUCUCUACUAUGAUGGAACUGUCUCUUAGUAGUGUCUUGUACCUUGGAGAAGUCCACAAACUUUAAAUUAUAUUAUUUUGAGUAAUAACCAAAAGUUAUCAUUUACAAGGCAAAUAGCAAGUGUAUAAAUCUCUCCGAGGAAAUUACAUGGUUUUCGUCUGAAAGACUUGUGGUUAUUUGUGUUUUUUUUU